AUGAUAUUAGUGAAUAGUUUGGACUGUCUUACGGGACGUUUAAAUUUUGGCUUAAUGUAUACCCAAUGUAGCGCAAAUGUCAAUUAUUGUGCUAAAAUGGCAACCAUUGAUCCAGUGCAGGGCCUUAUUAUUGAAAAAGGAUGUGAUGCGGAAAAUUUUUGCGCUACUAUUGGGUCACGUUGUUUAUAUGAUAACUAUAAUGAAAUGGAAAUAUGUUGCUGUAGGUCAAAUCUUUGCAAUGGAUCGAUGACAUACCUUUAUUAUUGGUUACCUUGUUUAAUUAUCACAUUUAUUUUUAUAACUAUAAAUUUAUGA